GUCACCGUUGGUGUUUUAGGCGCCAAUUUGUUGUUGAUUUUGGUCAUUAACAGCAGAAGAUAUUCGAAGUACAUUCAUUCACAGCCCCGUUAUCUGCUAACUUCUUUGGCCAGCAACGAUUUCGCCAUGGGCUUAUUUGUUACACCUUUCGCCAUUGUUCCAUCGUUGAGACACUGUUGGCCUUACGGGGAACUCGUCUGUCAAAUCCAGGCACUACUCAGAGGUGCAAUUAGUCAACAAAGUGCUGUGAUAUUAAUAUGUAUGGCGAUGGAUAGAUAUUUAUGUAUGCUGUACCCUGCCAGAUACCAUAAACAUUCUAGUAAGAAGGUGAGUUUAAACAAUUAAUUUUUAAUAGCAUAGAAAACAGUUAAUAUGAAACAUUUGUGUUCUUUAAAAAAAUUUCGAAAAAAUCAAAUAAUUAUAAAAAAAAAAUAAAAAAAUUAAAAUAUCCCAGCAGCAGUAUGGAUAUUGUAUGAAGCGCAUGAAGCAUGACACAAAACGUUUGUUAUUGAAUAUACAUAAUUCUUUAACCGAUA